AUGGCCGACGCACUCACCCACCAAGAGUUCGGCAAGACGCGGGUGGAAUGGAUCGCCAAUCUCAAUACCGAGUACAAGCCGAAGAAGCAGUUCCGUCGGACCAGCAUCAUCUGCACCAUCGGCCCCAAGACCAACUCCGCCGAUAAGAUGAAUGUCCUCCGCAAGGCUGGCCUCAAUGUCGUUCGCAUGAACUUCUCUCACGGCAGCUAUGACUACCAUCAAUCCGUCAUUGACAACGCCCGCCAGGCCGAGAAGGAGUAUGCUGGCCGCCCCGUCGGUAUCGCCCUCGACACCAAGGGUCCCGAGAUCCGUACCGGCAACACGCCCGGCGACGAGGACAUUCCCAUCUCCGCCGGCACCGAGAUCAACAUCACCACUGACGAGAAGUAUGCCACCGCCAGUGACAACAAGAACAUGUACGUCGACUACAAGAACAUCACCAAGGUCAUCGAGAAGGGUCGCACCAUCUACGUCGAUGACGGUGUGCUGGCCUUUGAGGUAUUGGAGGUCGUCGACGACAAGACCCUCAAAUGCCGCGCCAUCAACAAUGGCAAAAUCAGUUCCAAGAAGGGCGUUAACCUCCCCAAGACUGACGUUGAUCUCCCUGCACUCUCGGAGAAGGACAAGGCGGAUCUGGCGUUUGGUGUCAAGAACAACGUCGACAUGAUUUUUGCCUCUUUCAUCCGUCGCAAGGAGGACAUUCUGCACAUCCGCGAGGUCCUGGGUGAAGCCGGCAAGGACAUCCAGAUCAUCGCCAAGAUCGAGAACCAGCAGGGUGUGAACAACUUUGACGAGAUUCUCAAGGUCACCGACGGCGUUAUGGUAGCCCGUGGAGACUUGGGAAUCGAGAUCCCUCCCGCACAAGUCUUCAUCGCACAGAAGAUGAUGAUCACCAAGUGCAACAUUGCCGGCAAGCCCGUCAUCUGCGCCACCCAGAUGCUGGAGAGCAUGACCUACAACCCCCGUCCCACUCGCGCCGAAGUGAGCGAUGUGGGCAAUGCCGUCCUUGAUGGUGCCGACUGCGUCAUGUUGUCUGGCGAGACGGCCAAAGGCAACUACCCCAAGGAAGCGGUGACGAUGAUGCACGAGACCUGCUUGCUCGCCGAGACUGCCAUUCCUUACGUCAACGCCUUCGACGAGCUGAGGAGUCUGGCUGUGCGACCCGUCCCCACCACCGAGACCUGCGCCAUGGCGGCUGUCAGCUCAAGUCUGGAGCAGAAUGCCGGUGCCAUCCUCGUCUUGACCACCUCUGGCACCACGGCCCGCCUCAUCUCCAAAUACCGCCCCGUCUGCCCCAUCAUCAUGGUCACGCGCAACGCCACCGCCUCGCGCUACUCGCAUCUCUACCGCGGCGUCUACCCCUUCCUCUACCCCCACGCGAAGCCGGACUUCAAGAACGCGCCGUGGCAGGAGGACGUCGACGCGCGCCUCAAGUGGGGCAUCCACAACGCCAUUCGUCUCGGCAUCCUCAACAAGGGCGACGCCGUUAUUUGCGUGCAGGGCUGGAGAGGUGGCAUGGGUCAUACGAACACGCUUCGCGUUGUGCCGGCUGAGGACGAUCUGGGAUUGGAUCAGGAUGCCUAG